UGGAGGGCAGCAGACGGCAAUAUGUGUAUGUGCCUCUGAUUCUCCCGCUGGAGUUUAAUGCAAUUAUGGGAUUACAGUCCUGCGCCUCUAAUGCGCCGGUAAUAUUUACUACACUGCCGCUCAAUUCAAGGAAUCACAGAAAUAUGAAUUAACUGGAGGUGUCUUAUUCGGUACGUGUUAGACAGAAGGUUGCUGCUUCGCUUUUGUGAGGAUUGAAGGGAUUAUCUGGACUUUUGGAGUUAACCAAAUGGAACGAGGAACGUCGAGCGCGUGGAAACGAGGAAAACUUUAUUCCAUUGAAUCAGGAAUUCAGUAAUCCCACACAAUCUGAAGCAAUACGGAUUCCUGGAUGUCCUUGGAUAAAACUGCAUUUCUGCAAAAGUUCUGAUUAGUAAAACAGCACUGUUUCAUCGAGUACUCCGUGGUUAUGUCUCUCUCUGCUUUACCGGAAUGGAAGCAGCUGCUACUGGAGCGAAAGCGAAGAGAGGAGGAGGAGAGAGAGAGGCGAGAGAGGGAGGAAGAGGAGCGGCUUGCCAGCAUGCCGGCUUGGAAGCGAGGGAUCAUCCAGAGAAGGAGGGCGAAGCAGGAUGAGGAAAGAGAGAGGGAGAAAGAGAGAGAUGGAGGACAGCAUACUCCAGAUAUCCUGGGCAUUACGGAGGACAUCGUCCCGGAGCAGGUGGACAGUAAAUUCACACUUCACCUCCAGACUGACCACAAAAUGCAAAAACAGAUAUCCAAAGAAAUCAUCAGCCCCAUCCAACAGAGCCCCUUCAUUCGUUCUGAGAACAGCUUUAAGAGAGAUAACAGAGGGAAGGAGGUGAUUAGAGAUGGAGAGAAUGAAUAUAAAAUGGCCACCAAUAAUAGAGGGAGAGAAAAAAAUAAAGAAACGGAGAAGGAGAUUUGGAGAGGACACGAUAGAGAGAUGUGGGUCGAGAAGAUGGGAAGUAAAAGUGAGGGAAGAGAGCGAGACAGAAGCACUGGGAGAGAAAGCUGGGAGGCAGACAGUAGCGCAUCCCUAUUUUCUCCGGUCGUAGGUCUUCGCACGAUCCAGGCAAACAAUAUUAUCAUUAUUGAGAAAUACAAAAAUAGUAAGGAAAAACUGGAUAAGGGAGAAAAGGAGGUUGAGGAGGAACAGAAAAGGAUGAGGAUGGAUUUGAGGGAGUUUCUAGCUGGCGGAGGAAGCGUCACGGAAAUUAGGGCUUCAGAAGUACUGAUCAUCAAACCUCCCAUGACAGACGGGAGAAGGGAAACAAAAACGGCAGGGAUCACAGAAAGAGGAAGUGAGCGUUUAGAGAAAGAGGGGAUAUGGUCCUCUAUGCGAAUGACAUCGAGGACAGUCAUGCAAAAAGCAGAGAGAGUCUUGAACCACAAGGAAAGGGGGACUCCAGAGUGUAGUGGUCGGGUCAGUCAGCUGCUUAGUAAAUUCGGUGAACACCCAAAACCUCCAAUGCGCUCCAAGAGCAUUGAGGGCUUCAACCAACCAGGCAAGAACCGGGCCAGAUACAGCACAGGAGACCUGUUUGUACAGGAGGACCAGAGUAUGGAGGAGACGGACACGAGUCCGACAUUCAGGGGUGCACCCAAACGCUCCUUUAGCUUCUCUGACCGUGUGGUUUGCCAACAGGAGGCCAGAGAUUGUGAGGAAAAGACAGAUUUUAAGGUGGUGGAGAGGGUCAAAACAAGGGUCACCGAUCAAUCAGGAAGUGAACCAAAGGUCUCCGGGCGAUGGAGUCAACCCAAACCUGAUGAAGUGAUGCAUGAAAAUAGACUAAAAGAAAGAAGGGUGGAAAAUAAGAGGAACGACUCAGUUCGUGGAGAGACAGAGGAAUGGACAUCUAGUUUAGACGGAGAAGGCUUCACUGUGGCCUCCGUCAAAAUCCCUGAGGGACUUGCGUUUGCACGACGAGUUCCUAUCAAACACGAUGGGAGAGAAAGCAGCUCAGAACGAGAGAUUAAGAAAGUGAGAGAGGAGAAUGAGAGGGAGAUAAUGAUAGAUAAAGAGAUACACAGAGAUAAAGGGCGAGUGGAAAGAGAAACGGCGGUAAGACAGAGACCCAUAGAACUCGAACCCAAGGACAAAACAGAAUCUGAAAGGAGAUGGAAUCAGGAUGAGUUAUCCAUUGCGGUUUCAAAACAACCCCAUGGCAUAUAUAUCCCACCCUCGGAUGACAGUACUAUAGAUUUCCCUGAAGAAAUGCAGUGCCAAUGUGUUGACACUACCUCUGCGUACUCUAGUUGCCCAACUACAGCCUAUGCUGGACAAGUGGUCCUUACCCAACACACAGAAGACCUAGUCUGUAAAAUAGCAAAAGUCCAAUCAGACAGAGAACUCAAGAGGGCAGGGUAUAUGUUUUCACAUGGAGACAUGGAGACAAGGAUCUCUGGUGAAAUGGGCAACCAGGAUCAAAAAGAGCAUCAACAGUAUCAAAGCUUUCCAAAACAAGCAACUGAGGAAAUACAUUUUACCUCAGAACCCCCACAACAAACUUUUACACUGGGCCAAAACAAACUCUGCACCCAAGAGAGAGUCACCAUUCCCAGGACUAUAUUUUAUGGAGUCGAUAUAUCAGCAGAAAGAAGGAGGGUGAGUCUCCCUUCUGGGGAUAAACAAGAUGGAGGACAAGUGGAGAGGAGAGGGAGCUGGAAGUCUGGGCAAUCUCUGACCCGAGUGGAGUCUCUGAGAGAGAGUAUUCGUCAGCAAGAGAAGGAAAGACGUGAUGAUGACAAAGAAGAGGGCAGCAGAGAAGCAGGAGGAACUGUGAGAGAACAGGAAGAAACAACUUUACAGACUCUCAGACUGUUUGACGUCACACAGGACGUUAGUAUGGCAAAGUCAAGCCCUCAACUUCCUGUUCCUGUUUCUCUGUCGCUCUUGCAGUCAGUUUCGACAGGAAGAGAAGUUGGGGAGAUCUCCAGAGACGUAUCAGAGAGAGAUAUCUGCCCGAGGGAAGCAGAGAGAGAUGUAGAGGAGCGUGGGACGUGCAUCGUUUGGAGAACACAGGACGUUGACGAAAGAGAAGAGGAAAGAGAGGAAGAACUGUUAGAGAAAGAGUACCUUCCUCCCUCUCUUUCUCCCUCCCCACCACUUUCAGACUCAUUGGACGCCAUGAGCCGGAUCUAUAACCUCAAGACAGUGGGGUCUAGGACUACAGUAUGUAUUAGUGAAAGGAAAGCUGAUAUGCCCCCACACAGCGGACCUCAGGGUAAAUACAACCUCAUUAGACAAGCACCAUCACCGGACAUCCUGCCAGAAACUGCUAAGCUGUGGAACCAUGGAAGGGAUGGUGACAAAACCGAGACGAUAGAGUCGACAGGUGCUCAGAUGGUACAGCGGCAGGUGGAACGACUACAGCUGAGAGAACAGGAAGCAGGAUGUGGUUCCCACAACGACAAAAAGGCACAGCCCACCAUGGAAAGUUGUCCGCUUGUAGAACCAGAAAUUAGGGUAGCUGAGGGCCAGAAGAAACCAGACAUACUAAGAGAGACGCAGAAAUCCCAAACACCUACAAGUCCCAGAUUUCCACAAGCCCAACAGAAAGCCCAAAGACAACCCCCUAAACCCCAACAGGUCAGGUCAUUCACAAUCAACGCCCGGAACACAGAAUCAACAGAAAACUCUCAGAAACCUCCAGAACAAAACUCUCCAUCAUCAUCCUCUCCCUGCACCGCAUCCCCCUCUUCAUCUCCAUCUCCGCCUCUCUUUUCCAUUAGGAGUGCCUCAGGUGGACCAGGUAAGAGAGGAACGACCAUCACAAUCACCCCUAGAAGACCUGCAGGGGCAGCCUCGUCUGGUGGCCUCCCAACAGUGACCCCUGCAGUGCCCAAAGCGGCCCCCCAGGGCCAUAUAACCACCCCUGCUCCCAGCAGCACCAAGGAGGCAGGGAAGAAACGGUAUCCUACAGCAGAAGAGAUUGAGGUGAUUGGAGGCUACCAGAACCUUGAACGGUCAUGCUUGGUGAAAAGCAAAGGGACACUGAAAGCGGUGAAGGUGUGUUUCGAUGACGCUCAGCUGGAGAGAGUUUGUGAGUACCCUUCAGAAGACUGUGCGCUAGCAUCCCUCCCUUCCUCUCCUCACCCCGGGCCGGAGGACGGCGGGAGGGAUGAGCAGGAGGCCGAGGGACAGGAGGAAGACGAGGAGGAGGAGAGCGCACCGUUUGUGUCUCACAGUGGCAUGAAUGAGAGCGCAGGAAGGAUUCGAUUCCUAAAAAUGAAUCCUGUAAACGACUUUCCAAAUGACAAACCAUGGCAUCCUUUAGAUUUUCAAUUCUUUACAUUUGCAGGAGGUGUAAGUAAUGAUGUUUUUUUAAAAAUUAGUUAAAA